GACCGCGGAGUUAUCAGUCUGUCCCUCAGAAAUAUACCGAAAUAUACUUCAAAAUAUCCCGAAAUAAUAUACCAUAAACGGUCACUCGCCAGGGCUGCAGCAACAAAAUACCAAAAUCAAAAACGUUCGAUAGCUGUAGAGUUGCACAUAUGCGGUUAUCGGUUGGGUGCGGCAAUUUUGAAAUUAUGGCCUAAAUACGCAUUUUCAAAGGGAAAUUUUUAGUUGACUGGCUUUUAGAGGAAUAUGACGAAUGUCAGAUUUAUAGAAUAAAAUGAUAUAUCCUUUUUGGAAUAAAACAAAUAUAUUUGUCUCGGUUAAGGGUUGUUUGAUUAAAUUAUCCUUUACGAAACUUUCCCAAAAAGGGCCAACUGCAGCCAUGAACAUAACGAAUGAAGAAACAUAACGAUUCUGGUCUAAUGCAUUUGGAAUACGAGUAUGCAUGCAUAUUGGCAGCACAGAAGCAAAGAGAGAACCAGCAACACCAGGGUCAGGGUUAGGACAUGACUUUUAUCAGAAAAUAGCCCAAACAAAGGAAAUUGUAAAAAAAAAAUGUACAAAAGUCACACGAGCAUGGUGGGACGUAGAACACAACUGGCAAUAAAGGUGAUUUAAUUAACAUGACACCAGCGCAGCUGGACAAGCCUGCUCUCUGCUAUGCAAUUAGGAUAGCUGCAGACAAGAACAAGGACAAUCAAGCAGUUGAAUUUGACUGGAAACUUUGGCCAAAUGGGCGACUAGUGUAUGCCACAGAGAGAGAAAGAGAGAGAGAUAUUUAAUUUAUGGAGAUUCCGUUGCUAAGAGCCGUUACCUAUCUGUCUGGCAUUGAGGAAAGGAACUCCUCGCCUGCCUUCGUAAUGUAAACAAACGAGGAAACACGUGCUGGCUAUGGGUCCGUCGAUGCGCAUGCGCCUGCACCUAACAUUCAGUUAACAUUAGAUUGAAGUCCUUUUAAGGAUGCUGCACGCUUCUGGCCGGUACAGUUCGCUGCUAGACUUCAUUCGAUUGACUAUCCCGGCAGCCCAGAGACCGACCCACAUCAAGCCUGUUAUUCCUUACCGAAACCUGGCAACAAGUGUCCGAGAAAGAUGUGCGUAAAUAACACUUGUAUGCUCAUUAUGAUUGGUUUUUCCAUCAUGCUCUUGGAUACUGCGGUUCGCGGACUUGGCCAAAAUGAGACCAACCUGCAAGCGGCCGUUCGCAGGGAGGACUGCGGCAGCACGCAACGAAUGGUGGAUGAUUGCUUCAAGGAUUUGCCGCCGCAUCUAAUGGAGUUCCUGCAGAGCACCAAAAUCAUCAUUAGCAAGAGCGACAUCACGACAAAGUGCAACAUUUUCAACCGGGGCAUGCGAUGCUUUGAUGCCUACUCGAAGCGCUGCCUAAACGACCGAAAGCUGGAAACCUUUAAGAUCAAUGUGGAGGGUGCCCGUCGAUUUUUCUAUAAAUUCUGCGGCGAUGAGGAUUUUCAGCGAGAUUACCUGAGGCACAAGGACUGCUUCGCCUACAUCCAACUUGACUGGGUCAGCUGCACAUCCGAAUUCGAGAGCAUCCUCAGUGACGAGGUGCACGAUGCGACGCGAAAUGCCAGCGUCAAAUUCAUGGAGUUCUGUUGUGCCCGCUUUGCCUACGAGAACUGCAUCUACAACAGCGCGAGACACAAGUGCUACCAGCAUUCAGCGGCCUUUGCCCGCGAAACGGCCAAAAUGUUGUCAGAUGAAAAGCACUUCAGGAACUGCGCCAUUCUCGAGAAUAUCUGCGGACAAGCCACGCGGCUGGCCAGCCACUGGCUGGGCAACCAGCUCAGCCUGAUCCUGAUUCUGUUUGUGGUGCGACUCCUGCCGUAAAUCAAAGCUUCCCAAUGCAUGAAUGAACGAGUGUGUGGGCUUGUGGGUAAUGGGUUUAUGGGUCAGUGGGUGUGGGUGUUUUGUGUGUGUGCUGGUUUGAGCUUGAGUGUUUUUUUUAUUUAUUUUUCUCUUGAUUUGUCCAAAUGAAAAUGCCAAGCAUUUCUAGUCCACCAACCUCCGUCUCUCUCUCUCUCUCUCUGGAUGUCCCUCUGUGGUGUUUUUUGGGGUUCGUUGAUAUGUUUGGGUGGGUCACGGGGUCGGAAAGCGACACUGGUUUAUCUCUAGUCUGUUAAGCUACAUUGAAUGUAUAUUUCAAAUAAAAUUAUUCUUCAUGA